GUUGCGCGUUCAAGGGAGGGAAAAAAGAAAUCGGAGUCUGCGCAGUAGGGUUUGUUCUCGACACUCCGAACUUUCGGGAGAACCGCGGAGGAAGGAGGAGAGGGAGAGAACAACGCCAUUUUUUCUGGCCCUGUGCAGUCAGACAGGUGUCUUCAGUCCAGGCUGGCGGGUGGCUCGGGACCAGACAGUCCUGGUGUGGGGUGGGGUGGGCGCUGAGAUCUGGACUCUUGUACCAAACUGAGUUGUAGCGGGCUGUGAGCGGCGGCGUCGGCGGAGAGGGAGAGGUCGAGGCUGGAGCCAUGUCGUCGGCCUUGUGGCGCGAGGACGAUGAAGAGUUUAAGUUGGGAGCGGUGAGAGCCGCGGGGGCGAGAGGCAAGCCGAGGUUCUCCAUGACGGAGAUCAAACUGCUGCUGGAGGCGGUGAAAAGGAACAGAUACAUCCUCCUCAAGAAGUUUAACCAAGGCGUGUCGGCUGAAGCCAAGAAACAAACCUGGACUGAAAUCACCAAUCAGAUCAACGGUCUGGGAGAGAAUCACAGAGAGGUGCGUCAGAUCAUGAAGAAAUGGGCCGACCUGAAAUGUGAUGGCAGGCGAGCGCUCCGGGGCCCCAACGGCAGCAACGUGAGGAAGAAGAGCAUGGGCCCCGUGGAGAGGAUGGUCCACAAGAUCCUAAUGAUGAGUCCCAGAGGAGGUGGCGAAAGUGAUUUUGACCUCGACGAAGAGGACGAUUUUUCAAAGGUUUACAGCAAAGGCCCGCCCCCCAAUGCCCCCCCGUUCUCCUACCUCAGCUUGACGGACAGCUCCCAGUCUAUACCCGGAGGAGCCUCCUACGACUUCUCUCCUCUCUCCUCCCCGGAGAAAGAUCUCGCCGGCGAUCCUUUCUACUCGUCCCCUGACUUUGACCUGGCUGACGAUGGAGACCACACCAUGGACUUUGAAGAGAACGACGACUCCUUGUUCUCCUCCUACCCUUCGUCUCUCCCCCGGCCCGCGUCCCCGUCUCUGGACCCGCUGCCCGACAACGCCCUGCUGAGGAUGAAGCCGGUCCACACCUACUCCCGAAACAGCCAGAACCACACCACCCCCCAGAACCACAACACCUCCCCGAGACCUGCACCUGCUGGACCCUCGGCCCCCCCUUUCCCUCCAGACGCAGCCUCUUCCUCCUCCUCUUCCUCGGCCGCUCCGCCCCCACCGGAGCCCUCCUCAACCUCCACCAUGACUUUCUCUUCCCUCCUUGCUCCUUCCUCCUCAUUCACUCCCCCGCUUCCUCCUGCCUCCAUCUCUGCAUCUCCUUCCUCUUCUUCACCCUCUAAAUCUGUCCCUCCCCUUCCUGCCGCAGUAUCUUCCUCCUCCGUUGCUUCCAACGCAGCCUCUUCCAACUCCCAUCAGCCGUCCCCCUCCUCCUCUUCCUCAGUCCUCCCACCCAAUCCUCCUCCUCCCUCCGCCGCCGCCGCAGGCCCGGGCGCCGCGUCGGACCCUCUCCCGGGCGGAGCGUCCCAGCGCCGGGCCCGCGAGCAGGUGGCCCAGAUGGCCAAUCAGAGCCUGCAGCAGCAGCGCGCCAGCCGCAUGCUGCUGACCUCGGUGUCCCAGUCUCUGGAGGUGCUGGCCCAGUCGGUCCAGCUGCUGGUGGAGAGCCAGCAGGAGUUCGUGCAGGAGUCUCUGCUGCUGCAGAGGGAGACCGUGGACGUCCUGAGGGAUUUCUCCAACACGGCGCUCACCAUGCUGAGGGACAAAACCAACGGGGGCCAGCUGCCGCAUCCUCAUCCCGCCGCGCACUUCUGAGGAAAUGGUAUCGCGAACCAAAACCAAGUGCAGGUAAAUUGGCGGGUAAAUGUUGGCAGCAUUACAGGCGAUCAGCCGGCACGUGGAGGGGAUUUCAAACCUCCUUCCCUCUCGUUGGUCUAAUCGUGAAAAGAGACGGCUGACUAUUUGAUGGCUGCUGGACAGAAAAGUUUCUUCCUGAAAAUGGGACAAAGUUUUUGCCCAAAGGCACAAACACACGAGUUUUAAGCCAUUAUUUCAACGUUUUUUUGGUUUUUUUUUGAGACGUGCCUGCAUCUUUCUUCUAUUUCUUCUUCUUACAUAUUCACUGUUUGUUUGUUGCAGGCUCGUGUUUUUUUUCCACACUGUAAACAAUUUUUACUGUAAUGUGUCAGUAGAGUAUGAAAGUACUAACUAGGGCUGCUGAACUAUUAUUUUCAUAGUCGAUUAAUCUGUUUUAUUAUUUUCUCGAUUAAUCGAUUAGUUGUUUGAUAAAAUGAAAUGUCAGAAAAUGGUAACAAAUGUUGAUAUCUGUCUCCCAAAACUCAAAGAUAUUCAGGUUCCUGUCACAGAGGAGCGAAGAAAACUAGAAAAUAUUCACAUCUAACAAGCUCACCUUUUUCUUUUUUUCCUAAAAAAGGACUCAAACCAGGUUCAAGGGGACUGUUUUUCUGCUUAAGUUGGAGACGUGGUAACAUUCUGAGUGUUUUCUUAAUUUGUCUAAAACCUGCGGAAGAUUCCGCGGAAAACUCUGCGACCGCACAUCCAGUGCGGCCCUGCUCAUCGCCAACCACGUCCGGUCCACAUCCUCACACCGGAUGCUGCGGUGGUACAUGUCAGUGAUGCAACAGCCACUUUUGAGAACAAAUAUUAUAAUAAAAACACUUUUUUUUUUUUUCUUUUUAAUUGAUAUGUUUUGUGGAAUUUACUGCGGUUAAUGAAAAUAACUUGCUUCUGUAAUUUCCAAAGGGUUCAUUUGAGUGGUUUUUCAGAAUAAAGGACUAAUUGGUUCUUGUUUUAUCCGUUAGAUCUAAUAAUCCUCUCAUAUUGCCCACCAUUUAAAGCAGUAUUCUUGUUCUAGAUGAAAACACUGAAGGUGUGAAUUGCAAAGUGGCCGAAAUUGUGCUGUUAACAAGACUUUUGAAUGAGAAUAAAACCGUCUACUAUGCAGUGGAUGGAGGAAAAUAUUAGUGAAAUUGUUAAUGGAAAUAUUAACGUGACAGCAAGCCAAUGUUGCAGCUGGCGCGCACUGAGAGUUCAUACCAAGCUCUGCAUGUGUUAGACUGUGAGCCGCUGUGGCCUGUGGCAAAGCGAGCUGAUUUUUUAUAACGUAGAUAUAAUAUAGAAUAAGCUUGAGCUAACCCCCUGCAGAAAAUUGUCUGCCUCCGUAAUCCUUCACCUCAGCCUGGCAAGCGUCACAUUUCUGUUUUUGAUUUAUGAACGUUUCUGGAAAGACUUAUUAAAUCUCCAGGUCUGUUUUUGAAUUUGAUACAAAUAGCAGUUUAUGGGAGAUUCCGCUGUUAUUUACAACCACCUAUGCAUUUUGUGGUGUCAAACCCCCCAAUAAACAACCCAAAUAUUCAGUGGAGAAGCUAAGACGGCCGCGUGAGCCUGGAAACAUGUUAGUAUUUCAGAUGUUCUGCUUUUUGAAACUCUUUGUCCUCUGACCCUCUUCUUUGUCCCGCUCGUAGCAUAGUAGUCUAAAUCUGCAGACUGUCCCUAGUUGAACAUGUUUCCUCACUUGCAGUUGGCUUUGUGUCUGACUGACUGACCAAAUGACUUGUAACUGUCUGCUGUAACACCAGGCUAUGUGAUGUUUCCUUACAACCAAAUCCUGAGAAUAAAGAUUUUAUUAUUAAAAUGAA